AUGUCCAUCGGACAAGCGUUCAAGACAUACCCCAAAGCUGUGAUGUUCAGUAUGAUCCUCUCUACGGCUAUCGUCAUGGAAGGGUACGACGUUGUCCUUCUGGCCAAUUUCUAUGCCUUCCCAUCCUUCAAUGCACGGUACGGUAGCCCAACAGGUGACCCCAAGAAUCCAUAUCAAAUCCCGGCUCCGUGGCAAGCAGGUCUUUCCAAUGGUGCAAAUGUCGGGGAAAUCCUCGGUCUCUUCAUCAACGGUAUUGUGAGCGAGAGGUACGGAUAUAGAAAGACGAUGAUAGUAUCUUUGGUCGCCGUUAUAUGCUUCAUUUUCAUCCCUUUCUUCGCCAAGAACCUCAUUGACCUCCAAAUUGGAGAGAUCCUGUGCGGCAUUCCGUGGGGAGUGUUCCAGACCUUGACGACAGCUUAUGCGUCUGAAGUGUGUCCAACACAGCUUCGAGCGUACCUUACAACCUACGUCAACCUUUGUUGGGUCAUGGGACAGUUGGUUGGUUCUGGGGUUCUCAGAGCUCUGGUGACGAGAUCCGAUCAGUGGAGCUAUCGAAUCCCAUUUGCAAUUCAAUGGAUCUGGCCCGUACCAAUCAUCAUCGGUGUCCUCUUCGCUCCUGAAUCUCCCUGGUGGCUCGUCCGCAAAGGCCGCACCGAAGACGCCAAAAAAGCCCUCCUCUCCCUCACCUCGGCCAAAAACGCCGACGAGACCUUCAACGUCGACCAAACAAUCGCCAUGAUGGUAACGACCAACGAGCUCGAGAAAGCCCUUGAAUCUGGCACCGGGUACUGGGACUGCUUCAAAGGCAUCGAUCUGCGACGGACGGAAAUAGUCUGCGUCACAUGGUCCAUUCAGAAUCUCUGUGGAAGCGCGUUUAUGGGGUACUCGACAUACUUUUAUGAGCAGGCGGGUCUGCCGACGGUGGAUGCAUUUGAUAUGUCGAUGGCGCAGUAUGCGAUUGGAUUCAUCGGCACCGUCGGCUCCUGGUUCCUCAUGUCGCGCGCAGGCCGGAGGACGCUGUAUACCUACGGCCUGGCAUUGCUCACGCUGCUCCUGCUCCUCAUCGGCCUCAUCUCCAUCUCGAACUCCAAAGGCGCGUCCUGGGGCAUCGGCAGCCUCCUCCUCGUCUACACGUUCACCUACGACAUCACCGUCGGGCCCGUCUGCUACUCCCUCGUCGCCGAGAUCCCCUCCACGCGCCUGAAGACCAAAUCCAUCGUCCUGGCGCGAAAUGUGUAUAACGUGAUGGGCAUCGUGAACGGCGUCAUCGUGCCGUAUAUGCUGAAUCCGACGGCGUGGAACUGGAGGGGCAAGGCGGGCUUCUUUUGGGCGGGGAUGUGUGCGCUGUGUUGGCUUUGGACGUAUUUCAGACUCCCUGAGCCGCGCGGGAGGACGUACGGUGAGUUGGAUAUUCUGUUUGAGAGGGGUGUGGCGGCGAGGAAGUUUACGGGGACGGAUGUUAGUCCUUGGGCUUCCGAGAGCGAGGGGGAUCGGGUCGAGAGUGAUGAGAAGACGGCGUUAGGUGGUGGGGUUCAUGUCGAGAAGGCGUGA